AUGCCGCCUAAGCAACAACAACAGCAGCGUUCUUCAAAGGAUUGUAAUGAGAAAGUAAAUAUGCCAGCAGCUCCUGAACCGUCAGCUCCACCAAUGACACUAGCACUGCAGCCACUUCUGUCACCACCACCACAAUAUAAAUCCACACUUUCACUAGCAAACUAUUUCGAAAAGGAUGAUCAAUUGCCUUCUUCUUCAAAGCAUCAACAGCCAGCACCAUCUCCAGCACAUCAUCGGCAAGCAUCACCGAUGCAAAAGAGCAAGCAGUUCUUGGCUCAAGGUGGCACACUGACAACAUCUUCUCAACCGAAACUCUCCCCGCCAACAUCUGCUGAGAAAUUGGCCCUACUGAGCAAGUACUUCUCCGGCAGUCGGCCACCACCAACACCACCGGAGCUGCUGUCGCCGGCCACAACUGAGCAGAAGUCGGUGAUAAUGGCCAAGUACUUUGCCAGCGGCAGACCACCGCCGCCACCGCCCAAUCAGUCACUACCGCCCUUCUUUCUGCAGUCACCACCACCACCACUACCGCCGCCGCCGCAGUUGACAGCUGAGCUGAUGAACAAAUUCUUUCCAAUUCAGUACUACUCUACCAACCAGUGUCCUCUGUGCAUGCAAGAAGUAGCCGAAAUCUUGAAAAAGUCAAAGUAUUAA